AUGUCUAAGCGAAAGCACCCCAGCGACGACGAAGAUAAAGACUAUGAGCACUCUGAGGACGACCAGCCAAAAACUAAAACCAAGGCAAGCCAAGCUUCAAAGGCAACUGAGCAGCCUUUGACGAUCAAGAAGCCAAAAAUUGGUUCUUCAGACUGCCAGUCUCCAUCAGGUUCGAAGAAAAAGUCGACUCAUGAUAACGAUGUGGAGGUCUUUAGUAGUUCCGAAGGUGAAAAAUAUGUUAAGUUGGGCCAAAAGAAACGCGUAACUGUCCGUGAGUUCAAAGGUGAACCUCAACAAUGCAAGAUUCUUGUUGACAUUCGUGAAUUUUACGGUAAGGACAAGGAGGACGAAAAGCCAGGAAAGAAAGGCAUUUGCUUGAAUGCAGAUCAGUGGGCUUGUCUGAAAAAGAGCAUCAACAUAAUCGACUCUUUCUUUGAUAAUAGCCAGAAAUAA